AUGGCCACACAACAGAAAGCUCUUUUAGUCCCUGCAAAGUUUGCCGACUUCGUCGUUGGAUCCAAGUCCAUUCCCAAGCCAGGUCCCGGAGAGCUUCUGGUUAAAAUCCGCUCCACCUCGCUCAACCCAGCUGAUUGGAAGAUCCACAAAUACGGGCUCUUUAUUGAGGAGUUCCCCGCUGUCCUGGGGUUGGACCUUGCAGGAGACGUUGAGGAGGUUGGGGAAGGCGUCACCACUUUUGUAAAAGGAGAUCGAGUGUACGUCGUUUUCUAUUUCCUCCUGUAG